AAAAACCCGUGCCUCGUCUUCGAUAAAUGUCUAGAGCGGCACCUAUGGACAAUCACGAAGGGCGCGCGGAUGACGUCUAUGAAAUGCAGAUAGGUGCCGCAGGGCCCCCUCAUCACCACCUCGCUUCUAAUGAAACCUUGUCUCUUCCUCCUGUCGACGGUGGGCGCUCGGCCUGGCUGGUUCUCGUCACCGCUUUUCUUACCGAGAUGUUUCUAUGGGGGUUUCCAUUUUCUUUUGGAGUCCUCCAGUCGUACUACAAGACGCAUCUGCCCAUCUCCAAGAGCCCGGGCAGCAUAUCGGCCAUUGGGACUACAUGCACCGGCAUCAUGUACCUUGCCGCACCCGUCAUGACGGCUCUCAUGCAGCAAGGCCCGUUCUUUCGCAGGUACUGCACCUUCUUCGGGCUUGCUCUCGUCGUGCUCGCCGUGGGAUUGUCCUCACUUGCGGAGGAGGUAUGGCACUUGGUGCUCACCCAAGGCGUCACGUACGCGGUCGGAUGUGGGCUGCUGUACUAUCCGAUGCUCAUCUACGUCGAUGAAUGGUUCAUCCGCAGGAAGAGCUUGGCUUACGGCUUGAUGUGGGCGGGGACCUUCACCGGUGGCUUUCUGACGCCGAUCGUGCUCGACUGGGGCCUCAACAAGUACGGCGCGGAGAAGUUCCUGCUCGUGUGGGCCAUGGCCUUGCUAACCGUCAUCGGGCCGCUUUUGAUUUUCGCGAAGGGCCGUGUGCCGUGGCAAGGCACCUCUCGUAACUGGCUGAGAAACUGCAUGGCCGGCCAUGGUUUCUUGAGAAUGCCGCUGUUCUGGAUCAUGCAGGCCGUGAUCUUGAUCCAGAGCCUUGGCUGCUUCAUUCCCACCCUGUACCUGCCAGAAUAUGCCAGCACGGUUGGUUUCAAUGCGUUUCAAAGCUCCAUUAUGAUCUCCAUCUUCAACGCUAUCGGGGCUCCAGGCGUCUUGUUAUCAUCCCUGCUUUGUGACCAUCUGGGUACUUCCAGGGUUGUCGUCCUAUGCGUAGCCGGCAUGGCCAGUGCCGUCUUUCUCUUCUGGGGAUUCUCCUCCGCCACAAUGCUCGCUCCCCUGCUCUGGAUCUUUGCUGCUCUAUAUGGCUUCUUUUAUGGGGCAUUCACGGCUGUGUUCAGCGGAACUGUGCAAGAAAUUCGUAGAGAAGCACCGGAAGGCAGUGCGGACACUGGUAGCCUAUUUGGCGCGUUGAUGGUAGCACGUGGAGUUGGCAAUGUAGCGUCUGGGCCGAUAAGUGAAGCUUUACUGCGUAAUCAAGCGAGGGUCUUCGGAGUUCUUGCCUAUAGAUCGUACUAUAGUCCACUCGUGAUUUACACAGGCAUCAUGGUGACCUUGUCGUGCACGCCUUUGGUGAUGAGGCAAGGAAGAUUCGUUCAGCACAGGUAGGGUCAAGUUCGAUAG